AAGAGAAAGUUUUCAAGAUGGCCGCGGUGUAACUUGUUCGUUGGAAAACAAUAGAAGAGGCGCAGAGGGACUCUUAUCCCACCGCUUCCCAGGAAUUCGCUCCCAAACAGCUCAUCUCGGACGUGGGCUCAGCCGAGGGAAAGAUUAUCCUUGGGUGUAACUCUGGGGAGAUAGAUUUAAAGUAUGAUGGUUCAUUUAAACGUUUCAGGCUAGCUAUCUUGCUAGCUAGCCGAACCCCAAACAGCGUUAGUAGCUAGCGGCUAACGGCUAGCGGGAGGAUCAGCUGUUCGGAGGACAGAUGCUGGGACAGAUGCUGUAGGGGAGCGGACAGCAGCACUCUCACAUGAGUGUGACUGAAGGCCGUUAGCAGCACAAAGGCCGCCUCCAUGGAGCCAGCACCGGAGUCUUUGUAAAGGGUGAGGGGGGGUGUAGACGCCAGAUUCAGCAAUAUAUGGACGAAACCUGAGCCGGGAGUUUACUGCAAGGCUUUAUUGAUGAUGGCGGAUUUUGUUACACCGCGACGCAGCGAGGUGAUGGAGCGGCUCCGCCGGAGGAUCGAGCAGUUCCGGCAGCAUCACAACAACUGCGAGGAGCGCUACUUGGCCGCGAUGAUGGAGCGGCAGGAGAUGGACCGGCAACAGACCUACGCCCUGCACCAGCGCUGCCUGCAGUCCAAAGCCAAGCGGUCCAACAAGCACCGGCAGCACCAGCCCAGCAGCGACCAGGCCGGGCAGAGAGCGCCGGGAGGCGGAGGAGGAACCGGCGGGGAGCACGGGGAGAGCGGGGUGACGACGGGGGAGCAGAGCAGGAGCAGCACCGUGGAGACUCUGAAGAGGAAGCUGGAGAGCAUCAGUCCUCCUGACCUGCGAGGACAGGUCAACAGUUAUGAAAGCUUCCCGUCGAGCCAGAAAAGCUGCCAGGACAACAGCGCCACCGCCGGUUCCCCGCUCGACUCCAAGCCAGAUAUCAGCAACUCUAACGGGCCCAUGUGCGAGUCGGCGGACGGUGGCAGAGAGCCGGGUUCAGACUUCCAUCCGAAAGAGAUGAAGCAGGAGCCAGACGACAUCCUCCCCAUCAUGCCGCCCCCGGUUGGCAACAACAGCCUGUUCCCUGAACUGAACGAACAGGAGUGGACGGAGCUGAUGGAGGAGCUGAACUUCCCUGUGGACUACGAAGACAUCCAGGAGAUCCUCAACGAUGGCUUUGAGGACCGCAAAGACCCUCUGGAACUGGCAGCCACUCAGGGUGGUGGUGGUGCUGUCGGGGGAGGAGCAGGCAGGGGGGUACAGUCUUCCCAGAGUUUACUUCCUUCAGAUUUGGUGAGCGUGAAGGCGGAGUUUUCCCCACCCUCUGCCGUCUUCGAGCAGGAUUCUCGCACCGGCUCCCCCCAAGUCAGAUCCACGCCUUCUGGGGCUGCUCCUCCUCACCCCACUAGCUCCCCUGUCGCCUCCUCCUCUGCCUCUUCCCCAGCUCUUCCCACCUCCCAGCCUGCUCCUUCCAGGCAAAUCCAGCCUCCACCCAACCACCUCCUCCCUCAGGGGCCCAAAGACUUGUCCCCUGCCCAGCAGCUCCAGGAACUGGCUGUUCGGCAGCAGAGAGUCCAGCACCUCCACAGACAUAUGCAGCAGCAGCAGCAGCAGCCAGGAGCCAAGUUCCCCAACCACCAUGGCACCUCUCCAUGGUCCCAGAUGCCCAAUACCUCUCAAAGCUCACAAGCGAGUGCGUUUGGUAUGGACAAAUCCACAAGCAACUCCCUUUACUCACAGGAUUUCAAUCCCACUGCCCAGAAGCAGAUGGUGAUAUCCAGUCAGCCCAACAAGGCCUCUCCAAAGGCGGGUGCUGGCAGCUUCAUGCCGGGCUCUGCCGGACACCCCAACAUGCUGGGGCACCCGACUUCAGGGCCGCCUCUCAGCCACACUCCAGCAGCAGGUACUCAGGCCCCGGCCGUCAUGCUGAACUACAACAACACCAAACCUCUGUCACACUAUGAGGCGGGGCCCGGACCGCCGCGACCCACUAACCCGAACCAGAAGGUGGCCCUGCUUUCACUGAUACAGCAGCAGUGCCGCAAAGAGAAGCCCUACCGGCCUCAGAUGCCACACCUACAGGACCAGAACGGCUACCCCGCUCCUCCACACGGCCCGGGGCCCACAAACGCCAUGACGUCCAAGCCUGGAAACAAUGCCAUGCCGGGUAACCACGGCAGCGUGUACAUGACCAGUACAGAGGCAGCAGCGAGGAAACAACAGCAACAACAUCAUCAGCAGCAGAUCCUGGAGCAGCAGAAACAGCAGCAGUACAUUCAGAGGCAGCAGCAGAUUAUUAUAGCCGAACAGGAGAAGCAGCGGCAGCGACACCUGACCCGACCUCCUCCACAGUACCAGGACCAGUCGGGAACAACGGCCAAUCAGAACCCUUACCCACAGCAGCCAGCCAACCAGUUUACAGCUUCCUCUCAGCCAAUGGGCAGUGUCAGCUCCAUGGGAGGCCCUGCCCCCGGGUCCCGCAUGUUCCCUCAGAACCAGGGCAUGAUGAGCAUGAACAUGGGUCAGGGCGGUGGUCCAGCAGGUGGCGUAGCCCCGCCUCCGACAGUGAGUCAGGCUGACAUUAGUCAGCCAUCCUGUGGGGGUGGAGGGGCUGGAGCCGGCGUGGACGUCCUCUACAACACCAUGAGCAUGCACCCCAACCACCUGGCCCAGCAACCCAGUCUGCAGCGCCAGACGUCUCUGAACACCACCAUGAGCGCUCCCUACCGGCACAACCCCCUGCCUCAGCAGCAGCAUCUGAAGACGCCGCCCAAUGCAGCUAUGUUAAAGCAGCCUCAUGUGGCCGGAGCUGCCCGUCUCCCGGCCUCCAUGCAGGGCAACAUGGGGGGCGGCAUGCCGGGCGGUCAGAGCACCGCCUGGCAGCAGCAGCUCGUCAACCAGCCGCCUUCCAGUAAUGCAGGCCUGUCCUUCAGCGGCCCCCCCAAUGCCUUCCACAUGCCGCCGCAGCAGCAGCCUUGCAUUCCCAAGAUGCCAUCUGGCUCUGCCCCCUUUGGCGGCAACCCCGGUGGACGUCCGAUGGGUGGUCUGAAUCCCGGACAACAAAUGAUGCAGACAAACAUGGCAGCGCCCCAGCAGAGGGCGCUGCCCAACCCCCAAAGACAGGGCCAGCCAAUGACCAAUCAGCAGCAGGGCCCCCAGAACCAGGCCGUACUCCCCAACCUGGCAGCGUUCGGACAGCCACAAGGCAACGGUCGCCAGGGACUACAGUGUAACCAAGGAUACCAGGUGAGCCAAACAGUGAGUCAGCAGCAGCAUCAGGUGUCAUUCGGAUACAACGUGGCGUCAGGGAGUUUCCCCGCGGAGAGUGACCUGGUGGACUCGUUGCUGAAAGGACAGAACACGCAGGAGUGGAUGGCCGACCUGGACGAACUGCUCGCCAACCACCACUAGUCUCACGCACGCAUGCACACGCACGAAGCCUACAGAGUGAGCUGCCAACCACUUCCUGCUGCCGCCACGUGUUAGCGUUAGUCGCAGAAGGCUGGCGACCGCGUCACGUUCUCACGCUGUCAGAGAGAAACCUGUCAGCACUGCAUACGCACAAACUGGCCGUUGAAUCGUUGCAGCACGAUGAAGAAACACAAAGUGUUCGGAGCUCCUGUAAGCAGCCACAUUCCUGCUCUGAGCCGCUGCAAUUCAGCUGAGUCAGCUGAUCCGUGCAGCUGAGCUCCUCCGGGGUUUCCCACAGAUCAGACUGAAUUCACAGGUGGCAACACCACACUUUCUUCAUUAGAUCAAUAAAUAUUUAAAAAAUAGAGUGAGAUAACCAGCUGCCUGUCCAGGAAGUUCCUCAUCCCGCUGUUCGGACUGCGGCUGGCUGUCCUCUUGCUCUGGAGCCGCGGUGAGCUCGCUAAACCUGCUUCAGGUUCAAGGUGGCAUGACCUCCCAGCUCACCGCAGCUUCAGAACAUCUGCCCACAUCAGCGGCGAUCCGCAGGCAUCCAUUUGAGAUGAGGUGAUGGAGUCUCUGGAAAGCAGCUGAGCGAGUCUGUGGGAAACACGACAGGAACGGCUGGUGCAGUGACUGACCUUUCAAAAUAAGAGCGAUGGGAUAGUCCACCAUGAAACUGAUCGUAUUGUCGUUUUGAGGGGAAAUUCGUUAAACAUCUCCAUGCGGUCCUCGGAGGCUCCGUUCAGAAACCAGAUUAAUGAUGAAGCGCUCAGUGUGUAAAAACACUCCUGGUAGAAAAGUCCUCAAAAAAAACAUUUAAAAUUUUUUUUGUUGCAGUCCUGGCAUCAGCUUCCAUUCUGGACUUGGAUGCACUGAUACAAAUAAAACCAGUUUUAAAAUGCAGAUUAGGGGUUUUUAUGGAGAAUAAAAAAAGUGGACUUUUACAUGAAUAAUAAGAAUUGGCUCUUAAACAAUCGCCACCUUUUUUUAAGCUGCUGUCGUCCCUACAGGACGGCACUAAUCAGCUUCUGUCCUCAAACUUUCUAAAUUCAACUAAACUUUCUGAUGCCACUCAGAAACAUUUCACUAAAGUAAAGCCUCGGGCUGAACACUUUACAUGGAAUGAAAUGAGAGUCAGGUGUGGGCCAAACAUUGGCUGCUGUGUGGUGUUCGACCUUUUGUUGCACAUUUGGAGGACAUUACGUGAUAAACAUCAGAGUUUAUCUGCUGAUGAAUGGGACGAGAACUAACUGGCGCUCCGAGAGCAGCCAGAUGAGAUUCGGGUCAAAGCCUGAAAAAUCCACCAGCUGAUACUGGAUCAGCUGUUUUUAAAGAAAAUGAAAUCAGAGCGUUGAAGCUCGGUUUAAUUUUUCCCCGUAUAAAGACUGAAAGUGUUUGUGAUCCUUCGCCUGAAGGUUUCUUGAUUGUUGUGAAGUAGCCUGAACUGAUUAAACUGGUUUCUGAGACUUUCUGUUCUCUUCCACCAGGAGUGUAAAUCUAAACACCUGCACACGAGUCAACGGUAAACACAAACAAAUGGUGUGCACGCACAAAAACAGCAGUAACAUUACUACUGAACCCGCAGUCCUUGCCUUCGACCGCCACGUUAGCAUUAAGUCACAUUAAAGGACCAUCCCUCUGGGUUUUUUUUUUGUGUGUGUGUGUGUGUGUGUGUGUGGGGGGGGACUCCUUUCUUGUCACUGGAUGUCUGUUUUGUUUUUUUAUUUUUAGGACUGAAUCAACAUGUGUUUGUUUCUGGUUUUACAGCUCGAGCCGGGUGAUUUUCAUACUGUAGGGAAAUGAUUUUCUCCAUAAACAUUUAAAUAAAUUAACAAUAGCGCUUUCUUUGUUCAGGUAAAUGAGCUGCUGGAAUAUCGAGCCUUUUUUUCCCCCUAUGGAAUUUCAUGUGUUAAAUUUGAGGCCAGCUGGUUGUUGGAGGCUCACAGAUAUUCCAGCAGAUUUCAUAAAUCCUCCACAAUUACAUUUGAUUCAAGAAAAUGAAGAAAAAAAAACAGAGAAAUGGUCCUUUAAAAACGUAACGAGCCGCCGGGAAACGAGCAGCAGGACUCGGAAAGUGUCUGUCACGGAGUCCAGUACAUGAACCUCCAGGUGAAUGCGCAGAGUCCAAACAAACAGGCGCACUGAACCGCGAUGCCUUUAAAUCACUCAUAAUGUUAUUCUGUGAUUCAGCCUGACGAGAACCUGCAGAGAAAUCAUCCAUCGCCUCCUCUAAAGCUGCGUUUCUGAGCAGAAAAACAUGGAAAACCCGGAAACUUGUGCCCUUUAAUGAGGACAUUUACCCCUGUGUUUGGUCUGACAGAUAGUGGGCUGAAGGCUGAUAGAAGAGCCUGAGAGUCCAAAUUCAGAGUAAAAUGCCCUGCGAGUCUGACUGAAGAAUUUCAGUCCUGCUAUUUAAGGCAGAAGUAAAGUAAAAAUAGUUUUCACCCACGUCUUACACCUGCUUCAUAUGUACAAAAAAUUUUGGCCUCACUUGGGAUUUAGAUCCCACCGUUCUCACCUGGAUGUGAUUUAAGAUACAAAGAUAUAAUGUGUAUAAAAAUAAAAUUGAAACAUUUCCAUGUGACAGUUUGACACUUUGUUUUAAAAUAGAAAUUUAAUGUGAACUAAACAUCCCUGCAAUCGUUGGGCUUGGUCAGGAGAAAUGGGAAUGUUUUUCUCCGUGCUGGGAACGCAGCGUUGGCGUUCCAUCAUUCAGAGACUUCAAGCUGCGUCAUCUGCGUUCGAUGAAUCUUCCGUUGUGUCCACACAGUUGUCACCGCCGGUGUUAAUCAGACUGAAUCGUUCUGAGGGUUCUCUGCAAGGUGGAACUCUGGCCGGGUUGCUCCGUUGAAAGUGGAGUGGUGACCCGGUCGUCCUAUCUACUGUACUGUUGUCCACGUUUGCGUGUUCUCGCGGCAGCGCUGUUUUGUUCCUGUUUUUGUCGCCGAUCGGUCGCUCGGGGACGGUUUCGUGUUUCCAUUCAAAUCGCUGCCGAUCCCUGGGCCCGCCUUCGACUUCCAGCCUCGCUCGGCCUCCCGGGGUUUUCUGGGUUAAAUGUUGUAAACGGGCUCUGUGUAAAUGUCUAUAAAUAUAUUUUUUGUAUGUAUGCCUUUCCUAAUGAUCUGGAGAAGAUAGAUGUUAUUUUUAUAUAUUGCAGCGGAUUUUUUGUAAGUAUUUUAUACUUUUGAUAUGGUUCUCUGUAAAACAAGAGUAUUAUGUAAAUAUAGUUCUUUAGAAAGCUGCUGCCUGUGUGUUUCUGUCUGUGUGAAUUCUCUAGACCUGAUUCAACACAUUCAUUGAAUGAGACGACCUGAGUUUUCUGUGGAGGUUCUCCGUCCUCCAUCAUGGAAAUGAAAUGAAGUUCUUUCUAGUUCA